UGAAUGAAAUGACAGCAAGAGAGUGGAUUUCAUAUGGACGCUCAGAAUUUGGCAGAAGAAGUCGCCAUGGCUCAAGAACGGCGUAAUAAGGUUUAUGGGGACAGCUGCUGAACACGUGGCAGCUGCCAACAAAGGCUCCGCCAAUCUGUGAAAGCAAAGUUGCCACAUGGAGAGAAAAAAGAGUAAAAAGUAAACGGCAGGUGUCUCUCCUUGAUGAAGCAACUCAGAGAAUUUGGAGAAGAAUUUUCCCUCGGAUCCUUCUUUGGACGAUGGAAAAACUACCGAUCGAGAUCUAUCAGAAAAUCUUCCUCCUACUGGACCACCAACAUCUAGCGAUUGCUCAACAAGUUUGCAGGAAUUGGAGGAGCGUGGCUUCGCAGAACCUUUUGUGGCACAACCUUUUUAAGAAGCGCUGGGGAAAAAGCAGUGCUGAGUUUUAUGGACCUGUCGGCACCAAGUCAUGGAAAGAUGUCUACGAAGUCCAGGAUCGCUGCGAUCGAGUUGGAUUGGGACUAAAAAUCAUCAGGGAAGGCUCUGACUAUUACAUAGUUCACCAAGGUGUGAUCCAACGCCACUUGGGUUCAAUAAUAGGAAAGAAGGAAGAAAAGGCAUCUCGCAGCAUGUGGCCUGUUGCUGAGGAACCUGCAGAAGGACAUGAACCGAAGUUAGGUCUUCUAGACAAGAUCCUGUUCUUUGUUGGAGAUCUGGAAGUUGCAAUGUGCAACACAAAGAGAAGCAGAUUGUUGUAGAGGAACAGAGCAGAGGCCUCUUUCAUGUAAAUUAACAAGUUUCUUUAUUUGUUUGUGCGUCACAAUGGUAGGCAUCAUUGAUUCAUUGCAAUACGAAUAGGUUUCUAGUGGGAAUUGAUUUGUCCAGACAGCUGCUCCACUUUGACGUAUUGUUUGUAUUGAUAUUGUUUAUUAAUCCAAUUGAUUCCAUUUCUAUUGAA